AAUGUUCCACAGCAGCUCACUUCACUUCAUCCCUGCGUUACUGUGGUGGUCCGCUCUGUUCCAGACUGCACGGACUGUAUGGGAUUGCAUGGAUUUUCUUUAGGCGUAAACGUGAACGUCUCUUCGACUAUACCGUUGGGCAUUACGCAGUGAAAAGCAGAAGGCGGCCGACGUUUUUACAUGGUGGUUUACGUGAUCACUCCGUCUGGAGUGCAGAGCAAGGCAAGAGCGACGUGCGUGUGUACUGUGUGCGCCUAAACCCAAUGGACUACGGCAACACCAUGGCUCCACCAAUUCCGCCACAUAAACCCAAGUCUAGCCGUCCGGCCGAGUCGCAGGAGCGCGUACUGAAAUGUGUCCUGCUCGGCGAUGGUGCGGUAGGGAAAACGAGUAUGAUUGUAAGCUACACAACUAAUGGAUAUCCCACCAAAUACGUCCCGACAGCCUUCGAUGACUUCUCCGCUAUUGUGCAGGUGGAUGGAACCCCAGUGCGCCUGCAGCUUUGUGACACAGCUGGCCAGGAGGAGUUCGAUAAGCUCCGUCACUUCUGCUACGCGCGCACAGACAUGCUCCUCCUCUGCUUCAGCGUGGUCAGCCCCGCCUCCUUCCAGAACGUGUGGGAGAAGUGGCUGCCCGAGAUCAGCCGCCGGUGCCCGCGGGUGCCCCUGAUCCUGGUGGGCACGCAGAGCGACCUGCGCCAGGACGUCAAGGUGCUCAUCGAGCUGGCGCGGCGCCGCGAGCGGCCCGUGAGCGAGCACGAGGCGCGGGCGCUGGCCGCCAAGGCGGGCGCCGUGACCUACAUGGAGUGCUCGUCGCUGACCCAGAAGAACCUGAAGGAGGUGUUCGACGGCGCCAUCGCGGCGGGCCUGCGCCACGCCGAGCGCCGGGCCAGGAGGGAGAGGAAGGUGCGCAGCACGGCCGACAAGAUGAAGACGCUCUCCAAGGCCUGGUGGAAGAAGUACGUCUGCAUACAGUAGCAGGAUGGAGGGAGGAGGGGAGAGGUGGAAGGAGAGAGAGAGAGAGA